AUGGAGAAGCCUAUCCUUAAAAUCAGCGGCCGGCUCAUGGCUGAUCACCAGGCGCUCAACAGCCCGUCAGCAUCCAUCUCGGGGCGCUCAUCCACGUCCCGAGCCUCACGCAGCAGCAGGCGCGGUUCAAAGAAGCCCGUGGUGAUCCAGGUUCCUCCGGAACCUGUGGAGGAGCGUAAGACGCCCUUCACACUCAAUAUGCAGAGCUCGUGCCUUGCGGGCCCUGGGAGGGGACACACAAAUGGCCCCGGGGCACCGGUUUCGGAGCAGCAGGCGCCCAGGGGUCUCCCUCUGGCACAGGUGUCUACUGCCACGGCCCAGCUCUCCGCGGGCCUCUCUCAAUUGGGCCGCACCGCUGACGGGCUAAAGCCCGCCUACCUGACCCUCACCCUCAACGGCACCGACCUGGCCACCGCCGACCCCGUGGCGGCCUUCCAGCACCUGCAGUCGCUGCACCUGCGGGACAACCGGCUGACGGAGAUCCGGGCGCUGGGCUCCCUACGCAACCUGACACAUGUGGACGUGUCGGGGAACAAGCUCACACAGGCAGGGUGCCGGGGAGGGGAGAGGAGGACGGGGGCCAGAGGGAUGGGGGAAAACCGGGUCCUGGACCUGCGUCUGGGUCCCAAUGGCUCCGGUCCCACCAACCUGCGUUCGGCUGACUUUUCCCGCAAUUGCCUGGACAUGCUCCGGGACCUGUCCGCCUUCUCCCGCCUGACCCACCUGUCAGUGGCCAACAACCGCAUUGAGCGACUGGGUGCGGGGCUGCGGAAUCUGGGCAUGCUGAAGGUUGUGGACCUCAGCAGCAACCGGCUGGUUAGCUGUCGCGGUCUGGAGGGUCUCUGCUGCCUGCGUGAGCUGCACUUGGAUGACAACCUCCUGACCUCCCUGGAGCUGAUCAAGGGGCUGGAUACACUGCAUGUUCUGACUGCCAGCCACAACCGCCUGCGCCACCUGGCUGGAGUGGGCUCUCUGUCGGCGCUCCGUACACUGGAUGUGUCGCACAAUUUGCUGGGAAAGCUGGAGGAGCUGGUGGUGGUGCGUGGCGCCCCUUUGUUGGGGUCUUUGGACGUGCGGGGAAACCCCUUGGACAAGGCCAUGAGCUUGCGGCUGCACGUGGUUCACUUGCUGCCCCAGGUCAUCAUGUUGGACGGAGUGGCCGUGGACUCCAAGGAGAAGGUCCUGGCUGCAAACAUGCACGGCGCUGACGCGGAGGGACUUCGCCUCAUCCGCCGCAAGUACUUCCCCAACGGGGAGCUGGCGGACGGGGGUGGCGCCAUUCCACCCUUGGCCGCAGGUCUGGUGGCCUCCCAAGCUGAGGAGGAAUGCGCAGCUGACGGCUCAGACCGCAGCACCCUCCUGCGCCUUGACGCCUGGGCUGCCUCAAUACGUCCCGAGUCCGUCCUGUCGGGGGCCGGCAGCCUGGUCACCCUUGCCGACCAGCUCUCCAGCGUGUGUGUGUCCCCCAAGGCGGUGGCCUCGGGGGGCGGCGGGGGCACCCCGGGCAGCGGCGGCAGCUCCCUGCUGGCGAGUACGGCCAGCCGGGGCGGCCGCAACUCCCGAGGGUCGCUGUUGGCGGCGGGCGCGGCGGCUGCGGCGGCGGCUGCGGCGGCGAGCACGGACCCUCAGCCCCAGCUUCAGCGAGCUCGUGUGUGUUGGCGGUGGGUGGUGACUCACGUGGCACCCAUGGCUAGGUUGGGGACCAGCUGGGAUGUGGAGACGCCCCUGUUUGGAGCCUCACCGCAGGCCAUCGCCGCGGAGCAGCUGCUUCUGAGCGACCGCCCACCCUCGCCCCCUCCAGGUCCCACUCCGCCCCCCGGUGCCACCGCGCCCUCCCCCACCCGCAACCUCUCCCGCUCCACCUCCCGCACCCCCACCGCCAGCCGCACCUCCUCCCCCCCUCUCGCCACACGGAACCGGGCCGCGGCGGUCACCAGCUUCCUCACCAACAGCUACGGUACCUGGGCCGAGCGAGUGGCCCGCCUUUUCACCCUCCUAUGCCGGGCCUGCGAACUGGACGCAGUGCCCAUACCCGGUUACUGGAAGCAUUCGGGGCUGGCGCCGGGGGAUCGUGUCCAUGCGCACAACCACUGUUGGGCGGGUGUCAAGGUAAAUGGUCGUUGGCGGUUGGUGGAUCCAACCGCUGCGGCGUUGGUGGGCGGGCAAUGCCCUUUUUACGUGCCGCCCGAGGCGUUUCUGUAUUCGUACUGGCCGUUGGAGGCAGCAUGGCAGUUGGUUCCGGAGCCGCUGAGCCAGGAGGUGUGGUGGGCGCUGCCGUAUGCCAGUUUGGCCUUCUUCGCGGAGGGUUGUCAGCUGGGAGAUGAGCGGCUGGAGGCGGUGAAUGUGCUGCCGGCGGUUAGGGAGGGCGGUGUCCUCCCCGCCUUCCAGUUGGAGAUGUACUGCCCCCGGGUGAAAGGGGCGCAGCUGCAGCACCGGCUGCGGGAGGCGGGCAGCGGCAAGCUGGUGGCGGAGUGGCCACCCAGGGAGCCGGGGGUGCCCGCGUACGCCUUCCAGCAGGUCGUUGCCGGCAAGCGCGGUACGGUUGAGGUGCGGUUUGGCGCCGAGCGCCACCUGGCCCAGCGCCACCAGCUGUGGUCGUCACUGCCCGGACCUGGGGAGUACCAAGUGGAGGUGGUACGGCAACAGGAGCUGCCGGGCGGGGGUUUGACACUGGCACUGACAGGGCUGCCACCUUCGGGGCUGAAGCUCAAGGUGGUGGAAGAGCAGCUGCUGCUGCGGGUCAAGGUGGUGCUGCCGCCCAAUGCACCCCACGACGUGGAGGAGGACGGAAUCCUGCAUAGCCCUGCCGUACUGCGUACACCUCUACCGUACGCUUCGGCGUUCUUCACCUCGUGCGGCGGUCAGAUGGUUACUCCCCUGCCGUACCACCCUCUGGAGGCCGACCGCUUGGAGCCCUUCAAUGUGGUUGUGGCGGGGGCCGCUCGGGUAGCGCUUAUGGCGGAUGGCCUCGAGCACCCCAUUGAGCUGCCCCCGGUGGACCACGAGGGCGGCACCUUCGCCACCUCCCUGCAAGUGCCCCGGGCCCCCUCAUGCACCCUCAUGGCCUACGUGCACAAUGCGGAGCUCAGCAGCUGUGCAUGGAUGCCGCUGGUGCAGAUGGCGAUCCUGCCCCAGUCGCAGCACAUCGUCUUCACCCCGACCCCCAUCGAGGUGCCGGAGGUAGACCCCAAUGACCCGUACGCCUACCACGCCAGGGACAUCUUCAAAACCCUGGACAAGGAUCUGGGCGCGCUUGUCACUCGGCGUGAAAUCCUGCUCGCCUUCCGCCGCAACCGCCAGCAUGCAGACAUCCUCAAGUGCCCCCCCCGCAUCAGCCAGCAUGACGGAACUUUUGAAAAGUUUAUUGAUGUAUUCCUGCAGAUCGACACAAGCCGGGUGGGCGCGUUCUCUUUCAACGAGCUGGCGGCAUACAUGGACAUUCUGCCAUCGGGGAUGUACGAGUCGACAGACGAGGAGGAGGACUUUGACAGCGUGGGUGAGGGCGGCGGCGAGGAUGACGUGGAGGAGGACGGCGGGGGCGCAGGACCAGCAGAUGGCGGCGCGUAA